AAUAUACAAAGGCAGUUUAUAACAAUUUUAGUUUUUUAUUUAAUGUUGGUUACAGAAACAAAAUGGUCACCAUUCUUUGGGGAAUUAAAGAGAAGAAUAGGUUAUUAAAUAUAUUAUAAAUCCCCUCUAUGGGUGGGAUAGAUUUGUCUUAACUAUACAUUAGGAUGCCUUCAGCCUUUUUAAAAGGUAGCUUCUCACUAGGUGGUGUUCUGAAAUAAUGUAUCGCUAUAUAAGGAGUUGAAAGAUUUUUUCUGUAAAAAGCCAGAUAGUAAAUAUUUUAGCCUUUGGAGGCUUCGAAGUCACAACUACUUAGCUCUGUUGUUGUAGUGUCCUUGUAACGUAAAAGCAGCCAUGGACACUGUGUAGCGAAACUGUUCAGGGAAACUUUAUCUACAAAAACAAGUGGUGGGCCACAUGUAGUGGGUAAGCCAAAAUUGCCCACUCCUAUUCCAUCUGAAUAUGGUCACCACUAGAUAGCUUGUAAGAAACCUAAAAGGUAAAGACUAAGAACAGUGUUCUUCCAAGUGUGUUCUUUGUAGUACUCACAAGAGAGUCCUGGAGCCUCCCCAGCUUCCAGUGUGUCAGAAUCCUUGGGGAUGGGGAGAAGUGGAGCUGGAAACCUUUUGUGGUUUUGUUGCUGUUUGUUUGUUUUGAACAGAUGAGUCUUACAAACUAAAAUUUCAGAACUACUGGCAAAGAUGGCUGAUGACAUAUAGCAGCAAACAUUUACUACAACUCAAGGAAGUUGGUGGCAGGGGUGAAGGAUGAGGGACUGAGGCUGCAGGUACACAGCUCAGUGAGAGGUGGGCUCCUAGAGACAGGACUGGGGCCUGUGAGGCUGAGUGCUGUACCAGGGCCAGCUGCAGAGCCCUGACCUUGGGCCACCUGCGCCCUUAUGAAUUAAAAAAAAAAAAGAAAGAAAGAAAGAAAAGAAAAGAUAAAUAGAAAUCCCUGUCCGCAUAGAACUUAAAGUCUAUUAAAGGAAACAGUAACAAAAUAAUUAUUUUUUUUAAAUAUGAUAUAUUAGAUUGUGAUAAUGAGGGAGAAAAAUGAAACCUAAAAGGAAAAUAGGCAUUAUUGCCAAAGUUUUGGAUAAGGUGGUCAGAUAUAUAAGGUCAUUAUAGGAAUUUUGGGCUUUACUCUGAGUGGAGGGUUUUAACAGUCUUAUUCUGGCUGCUCUGUUGAGAUUAGUCUAUAGGAGGGAAGGGGGGAAAUGGGGAGACUACAGGGAGAUUGCUAUGUUCUGGACUAAGGUAGUAAGAGUGGUGAGAAGUGGUUGGAUUCCAGAUAUAUUUUCAAGCUUGAGCCAACAGAUAGUGGUGAUUGUUUGGAUAUGUGUUGUGAGAGAAAAAGACUACAAGGGUGACUACAAGGCUUUUGACCUACUCAUAUGGAAGAAUGGAGUUGACAUUUACUGAUGUAAAUCAAACUUCAAGAGGAGGUAUGAGGGAGAAUACCUGAAACUUAAUUUUGAACUUGUUAAGACUAAGAUGGCUAUUAGAGAUUCAGGAGAUGUUGAGUAGGGAACACAAUAUCAGUCUGAAGUUUUAUGGUUCAGGCUUGGGCUAGAGUCAUUUAGGAGUUAUUAGCAUGUGGAUAAUAUUUAGAGCUCUGAGCCUGGAAGAGAACACCAAGAUAGUAUAGAUGGAGACAAGAAGGUCUACAGUGGACCUAGUGCACUCUAACGUCAAGAAGCCGGGGAGAUGAGGAGGGAGCAGUGAAGAAAAAUGAGAAGGAGCAGGCCAAGAGAUAAGAAAACCAGGUAAUGUGGUAUCCUGGAAGCCACAUGGAGAAAAUGUUUCAAGGGGAGGAAUAUUCAGCUGUGCCAAAUGCUACUGAUAGUUUAAAUUAGUUGAAGACUGACAAUUGACCAUUGAAUUUUAACAAAUAGGUAAUUUGUGGCCUUGAUAAGGCCAGUUUCAGUGUAGUGAUGAGCAUGAAAGCCUGCUAAAAGUAGAUUCAGGAUAAAGUGGGAAGAGAGAAAGGGGAGACAGCAAGUGUGCCUAACAUUGAGUUUUGCUCUAAAGGGAAAGCAAGAGAUGAUGCUGUAGUUAGAGCGAGAAGUCGGGAGGCCAAAGAAAUGCUGCUGGGAGUGAAGUGUUGGCUAUUAUAAACUGUUCAUCCCUGCCGAGGAACAAAGAAAACAGCUCUGCUGGUGCCUGUGAGAAGAGCAUAUAGGCUAUUGCGAGCCUUUUAUGUCACCUCGGUACCCUGGAGGUCCAAGGCCCCCAUUGAGGAUACCUAACCAGGCACUUGGUGGUGUCCCAGGAAGUCAGCCAUUACUUCCAAGUGGAAUGGACCCAACUCGACAACAAGGACAUCCAAAUAUGGGUGGGCCAAUGCAGAGAAUGACUCCUCCAAGAGGAAUGGUGCCCUUAGGACCACAGUCUGACCCUUGGUUAUCAUUACAGAACUAUGGAGGUGCAAUGAGACCCCCACUGAAUGCUUUAGGUGGCCCUGGAAUGCCCGGAAUGAACAUGGGUCCAGGUGGUGGUAGACCUUGGCCAAACCCAACAAAUGCCAAUUCAAUACCAUACUCCUCAGCAUCUCCUGGGAAUUAUGUAGGUCCUCCAGGAGGUGGAGGGCCACCAGGAACACCCAUCAUGCCUAGUCCAGCAGAUUCAACCAACUCUGGAGACAACAUGUAUACUUUAAUGAAUGCAGUACCUCCUGGACCUAACAGGCCCAAUUUUCCAAUGGGCCCUGGGUCAGAUGGUCCCAUGGGUGGAUUAGGAGGAAUGGAGUCACAUCACAUGAAUGGCUCUUUAGGGUCAGGAGAUAUGGACAGUAUUUCCAAGAAUUCACCCAAUAAUAUGAGCCUGAGCAAUCAACCGGGCACUCCAAGGGAUGAUGGCGAAAUGGGGGGAAAUUUCUUAAAUCCUUUUCAGAGUGAGAGUUACUCCCCUAGCAUGACAAUGAGUGUGUGAUCCAUUACCAAGUCUCCUCAUGAAAACCACAGUGAGUCAGCCCUUCACAGAACUACUACGGAAGAAAAUUAUUCAUCACAGUGUACAGUUAAACAAAGGAAUCUCAGUCACACCAAACCAACCUUUUUAUUUCCUGCUCUCUCCCCUAUUUUUUGAAGAAAGCGGGUCCAAACGUGAUUCAAACAACUGUACAGAGCGGCAUAUUAGAAUUGCCCUAAACUGAACUGCAAAUAAUUAUCUGUGUAUGUAUAUGUGUGGGUCAGAGAAUGUAUUGUAUAUGUGUAUGUUAUACGGACAUAUGCACAUACAUACAUUGACCCACAGGACAUUGUAAAAUAUUAUUACAUGACAUCUUAAGUAGAAGUAAGUAGGGACUUUUAUUCCAUCCUUUUUUUCACGUUUACAUUUUAAUUAUUAAAAGUUGCUCCUGCCCCUCCCUGAACUAUUUUGUGCUGUGUAUAUCACUGCUUUAUAUAAGUUAUUUUUUAAGGUGAACUCAGAUGUUAUGGUUUUGUAAAUGUCUGCAAUCAUGGAUAGGAAUAAAAUUGCUUAUUUGAGAGCUUUCAUUAAAUUGCGUCUGAUGCAAGUUA